AUGGCAAAAGCGGCAAUCUAUUUAGCUAUCGUUGCAUUUGCAACUGUUACAGCAAUAAAAAUUGAACCUAGAGGGAGUUCAGUCUGUGAUCCUGAUCCUAAGUUAGGCUGUUACAGUAACGAUCCUCCAUUCGAUCGAUUUCUAAUUCCAUUACCACAAAGUUCUACAGACAUUGGCACAAAAUUUAGACUUUUUGUUCGUGGUGGAGUCGGUUAUGAUUACUUGGAUUAUAACUCUCCAUCGUCAAUCAGCUCAUCUUGGUUUAAUGGCAACAAAGAUACAAAAAUUAUCUGCCACGGCUUUUUAAAUGAUGGCGAUACAAAAUGGAUGCACAAUAUGAAAGAUGCCUUCUUAGCUAAUGACGAUGUCAACGUUAUCAUUGUUGAUUGGGGUGGUGAUGAAUUAUUGACUGGUUCUCAGACUGGCUACUUAACUGCAACAGCCAAUACAAGAGUUGUAGGCGAUCAAAUUGGCGAAUUGAUUAAAGCAUUACCCACUCAACGUUCCAGAGUUCAUAUAGUAGGUCACAGUCUUGGUGCUCACAUCGCUGGUUAUGCAGGUGUACGCGCAUCUGGAACUGGUCGCAUUUCUGGUUUGGAUCCUGCCGAUCCUAACUUUCAAGGACAAGCUAAUGCUGUCAAACUGGAUAAGAGCGAUGCUUUAUUUGUUGACGUAAUACAUACUGAUGCUGAUACUUUUACACUUGCUGAUGGCCUCGGCACUAGUGAUCGUUCUGGACAUAUUGAUUUCUGGCCUAAUGGUGGUAAAAGCCAGCCUGGCUGCGGUUUACUUAAACAUGCAACUACGAAAGGUAUUGAUCUAUCUGAAGCAAAGGAAAUACAACCUAGGGGAGGAAUCGGCUGUGAUCAUAAUCGUGUGCCUGCUUUGUACACUGAAUCUAUUACUAGCACUUGUGAUUUCUUGGGUUAUCCAUGUGCCAAUUAUGAUGACUUCAAGAACGGCAAAUGCAUGAGCUGCGGUGGUAAAUGUGCUAGCAUGGGAUAUAAAGCUGGCCUUUAUAAAAAUAUUAAUUUCGCUCAACAGCUUUACCUCAAUACCAACUCUGGCAGUAAAUACUGCACCAAUAGUUAUAUGGUUAAAGUAAAAACCGGCGAUGUUUCCUAUGCUGGUACUGGUGCUGAUGUUUAUAUCCGUAUCUACGGUUCUGCCGGAAUCUCACAUGACACUAAACUUAGCGGUGAUUUUGAAAGAAAUGAUGAAGAUGUUACUAUCAUUAAUAGUGAUACUUACUUGGGUAAUAUCUAUCGAAUCGCUAUCUGGCAUGACGACAGCGGUUUAUUGAGUGGAUGGUACUUGCAGAGCGUUGUUGUACAAGGAGGCGGAUCAUCAAGCUACCUCUUCUGCUAUCGAGGUUGGCUUGAAGAUUCUCCUAACACAAAGUACUUAACCCCUGUUUCUUCCUGUUAAACGAGGACAAGAAAUUACGGCAAUAGAUCAUACUAUCUCGAGAAAUUUGGUAGGCGUAAAAUGGUUGGCGCAUUCAUAUGCUAACGUUAUACCAUUUUCUUGAUUAAUGUAUCGUAACAGUAACUGUAUUUUAGGCUAGUGUAAAUCAGUCAUAUAUUACAAUCUCUGUCAUUACUGAAAGAAUGUAAUAUCGUUGAUUUUGUUUUGUAGCGGUUACAUAAUUACUUUUUUUCUAGUUAUAAUGAUGAAGGAUAUACAAUUAUUAUUUCAUAGUAUCUAAGAUUGAAAUUUAGGCCAUUAUCUACGAGUUGUGAUUGUUGAUUAAUAAAUAAAGCAUUUU